GGGGAGGGGGUUGGGUCGGUCGGCGGUCGGUCGGAGGGAGGGUCAUGGAGGCGAGGGAUGCAAUUUGAUUGAUCGCGUGAUUGUGUUUGCGCGCUGUUUUGGCCCGCCCCUGGGCUCUGUCUGGCAGAAGCGAGAAGAGCAGCGGAGAGAGCGUUUGCGGCAAAGAGACGGACAAACAGGAGACGGGAAGGGAAGAAAAGAAGGUGCUGGUUGAGAGAGACUAUGGAAGCAGAAGCUGCUGCUGCCUCCUCUGCGGGAAGAGCAGCUAAUAGAUAGAUAGCCUGCGGAGACGUUGCGCCGUGGAGGAGGUAAUCUAGCGUAAAAUUGAUCGGCGGGCGGGAGAGAGGGAGGGAGGCAGAGCGAGUGAAUAGUUUGGCUGCGUCUGGAAGGGCUGCGGGUGGGGGCGAGGGAAUCCUGAGAUCACUGUGAGAUCAGAAGGAUACGAACUUUUAUAAAUGGGCUCUGGCACGACAACUAAGCACGAGGGAUGCAGGCACCGAUCUGGCAGCAAUUCAAAUGUUUGAAUUUGUUGGAGUCCCAGCUCGCGACCGUGCCUGCGCCCGGCGCUCGAAUGCGGCGAGCUCCCGACUCACCGGGCGCUCGAGAUUGUCGUAGCGUAGCGAGACCGCAGACUCCAGCGCUCGAGCCAGCGGUGGCAAGAAGACGACGCUCGUCGCGGUCGAUUUUCGCCUCGCGGCGCGGUGCCGGCCUUCGCUUAGUCGCAGAUUUGUAGGGACAAGGGCUCGUGGAUGUCAAUUGAGGUUUUCGUCGGCUCGAAGUGCGCGAGGGAGAGGUUUGUCCGCGAAGAAGUAUCGGUAUCGAAGUUGUGACUGUUUGCGGCCCGCUCGCGGCGCGAGAAAAGAUUGGCGAGGGUAGGCAUAGUCGCUGAGAAUUGGAACGAUUGCAGGUCGACGGAACGAAAUGAUGGUUGCAAUCGACGCCGAGGAUAUGUGAUGGCGGAGGGGGAAUUAGAGAAUCAGCAGCAGCGCAAGGAGGCCGUCUGGGCGAGUGGCGUGAGUGAGGGGUGCAAUUCAGGACAUGGAUUGUUGAAGAAUGGGCUUAAGGACAUGGCACCUGCCGAAGUUUUGUUACAGAGCUCAGUGGCGGUGAAGGGUGUACAGAAGAAGGGUGGAGAGGCCACGGGCAGGGUUUGUGAUGACCAUGGGAAGUCGAAAGAGGUGCCUGUGACCGAUACAGAUACGGAGAAGCAGAAUGUUUUCUCCGACAAACAGGUUCAGGAUGUGAAGGCGCUACUGAAGGCCCUAACUUUACUAUCUCGAAAUUUACCUCUCCCGGACCCUCUCUUGACUGCUGUCACUUCCAUCUCGCGCACCUCAGCCGCCCCUCUAGGCGGAAAUGAGAAAAUUAUCGUAGGAGAUGCCCAGAAAUUUCAAGAAGAUGAGGUGCCUACUGUGGGGUCAGAUGAUGAUCCUAUAUAUUCGGAGACUAGAGUUGUUCGUCCGCCUGCUUCUCGUGAGCCGAUGCCGGAAGGAAGGGUUGAAUUUAAAGAUGAGGAUAUAAAAGCUCACCACGAAGAACACGAAGUUGCCGCAGGAUCUAAAGACACAGCAGUCUCAGACACUGAUACGGAGACCGGCGCAUGGCGACACGGAAAACUCUUAGAAGAGUUUGAGGAUGCUGUGGACCUGCAGCGAUCACGUUUGAAGUGUGCAAGUGCUUUAAAAGCAGAGAAAGACCGUCGCGUACAUAGUCAACUGGCAUAUAGGAUACAGGAGCUCGAAGGUUUACUUCCUGAAACAGAGGACGAUGUUCGCGAUCAAUGUCUCUUGGAGUUACACACUUUAAAGCUGCUAGGUCUUCAAAUGAGAGUUAGAUCUGAAGUGGCGGCGGAGUUGCACCUACAACAAAUAUGUGGUAGUCCUGAUGCGAUGCUCUUCGACUGGGGCUUAAUGCGGUUACGAAGGAACAUGAGUGCCUUAUCUGGACAAGACGCUUCUUUGAUUCCUGGUGUCUCGUCGUCUGAGACAGAUGAACGACUUCGCAGGAAAAGAAAAGCGGAGAGACAACGAAGGAUAGAAGAGGAGGAAAAGCUUCGAAUCACUACAAGAAAGAGGAAGUUCUUCAACGAGAUGCUGAACUUAGUCCGUGAAUUCCAGCUAAAUGGGCAAGCUGCUGCCAAGAGGCGGAAACAGCGGAACGAUGGUGUUCAGGCGUGGCAUACAAAGCAAAGACAACGUGUGUCACGAGCAGAGAGAAUGCGGUUCCAGGCGCUGAAGGCAGAUGAUCAAGAGGCCUACAUGCGAAUGGUCGAGGAGAGCAAGAAUGAACGUCUCACAACGUUACUGUCGAAGACGGAUGACCUUCUUCAAAAGUUAGGGGCAAUGGUACAAAGGCAAAAAGAUGCCGACCCAGAAGUUCCUUUGAAGAAGGAGAAACCUCAAAAGGCCAAAGAUACCGGAAGAGAACCAACAGAUGCUGCCUCACCGAGAUUAAAGGGGAAAGACAGUGAAAGAGAUACUGAAGAAGUUGCAUCUCCUAGUUUCAGAGAUAAAACCACUGUAAAAGAAGGGUCAUCUCCAGAGGAGGAUAAUGACAGUCUGCUUGAACUUCAUCCCGAUGGCACAGGGGCCAAGAGGGAUUUGAUGGAAGGGCAGCGCCAGUACAAUUCUGCCGUCCACUCAAUAGAGGAGAAGGUCACUGAACAGCCGUCGAUGCUUGAAGGAGGUACACUACGAUCAUAUCAAAUUGAAGGGCUCCAAUGGAUGCUGUCUUUGUAUAAUAACAACCUCAACGGAAUAUUGGCCGACGAGAUGGGGCUUGGCAAGACUAUUCAGACCAUCGCUCUUCUUGCAUAUUUGAUGGAAAACAAAAAUCUGAACGGACCACACCUUAUCAUUGCCCCGAAGGCAGUCCUACCGAACUGGAAGCAUGAGUUCGCAACUUGGGCCCCAAGUAUCGUUGCAGUACUCUACGAUGGCCGUAUUGAGGAUCGUAAGGCUAUGCGUGAGGAAUACGGUGACGAAGGCAAAUUCAAUGUCCUGGUUACUCAUUAUGACCUGAUCAUGCGUGACAAAGCAUUUUUGAAGAAAAUUCAUUGGCACUACAUGAUUGUCGAUGAAGGGCAUCGUCUGAAGAAUCACGACUGCAUGCUUUCGCGUACACUGGUCACAGGAUAUCACAUUAGGAGAAGACUUUUGCUGACUGGAACCCCUAUCCAGAACAGUCUUUCGGAGUUGUGGUCACUACUGAAUUUUUUGUUGCCUGCAAUAUUCAACUCAAGUCAGAAUUUUGAGGAGUGGUUCAAUGCACCCUUUGCAGACCGUUCAGAGGUCUCACUCUCUGACGAAGAACAACUGCUGGUUAUUCGUCGUUUGCAUCAGGUAAUUCGCCCAUUUUUGUUGAGGAGGAAGAAGGCUGAAGUGGAGAAAUAUUUACCUGGCAAGACACAAGUUAUCCUUAAAUGCGACCUCUCUUCAUGGCAAAGGUUAUACUAUCAGCAGAUUAUAGAUUCCGGACGUGUUGGACUAGAUUCUGGCUCUGGAAAAUCACGGGGAUUGCAAAAUACGGCUAUGCAGUUGAGAAAAUGCUGUAACCAUCCAUUUCUCUUCCUUGAGGGUGGAGAUUACACUUCGCGCUUAGGCAAUCUCAUUGUGCGCUCUUCUGGGAAAUUUGAGCUACUGGACCGGCUGUUGCCAAAACUUCGGGAAGGGGGCCAUCGCGUUCUGCUUUUCUCUCAAAUGACUCGUCUAAUGGACAUUCUCGAGGAUUAUCUCGAUUGGCAUGGUUACAAGUACCUUCGCCUUGACGGAACCACCAAGACUGAAGAGCGAGGAGUUCUGCUGCAAAAAUUCAAUGCCCCUGAUUCGCCGUACUUCAUGUUUCUUCUCAGCACGCGAGCCGGAGGUCUUGGUCUGAAUCUUCAAACAGCUGACACGGUCAUUAUCUUUGAUAGUGACUGGAAUCCUCAAAUGGAUCAGCAGGCAGAGGAUAGGGCUCAUCGUAUUGGGCAGAAGAAGGAGGUACGGGUUUUUGUUCUCGUGAGCGUUGGUUCAAUUGAAGAAGAAAUUCUGGAGCGAGCGAAAUCAAAAAUGGGAAUUGACGCUAAGGUUAUUCAAGCUGGAUUGUUCAACACAACCUCGACAGCCCAGGAGAGGAGGGAAAUGUUGGAGGAAAUUAUGCGCCGUGGCGCAGAUGCUCUGGGAACGGACGUUCCAAGCGAAAGGGAGAUCAAUCGGCUGGCUGCACGCAAUGACGAAGAGUAUAAGAUGUUUGAGGAAAUGGACGAGGUCAGGCGGAAAGAGGAGGGUUACAUCACGAGACUAAUCGAAGAGCAUGAAGUACCGGACUGGGUAUUUCUGGGCGCAGAGCAUUCAAAAGUUGCUCAAGCCGAAGAGGCUGCCAGAGCUGCGGCGGACACAUCAAUGCCCGGCAAACGAAAGAGGAAGGAGGUUUUGUAUGCGGACGUGUUGAGCGACUCCGAAUGGAUGAAAGCUAUCGAGAAGGGAGAGGACGUAAUGGAGGCUGUCAAGUCUCAACGUGUCAAGAGACUGAAGAAGAAAGAGGCUGAGGUAAAUGGCUCGGACGGAGCCGGCGCCGAAGAUGGAGGACAAACAGACGCCGACGACAAUUGCGAGGUGACCGUGGAGGCGGAUUCUGACGACGAAGCAAUCGGAGGGAAAAACACAUUCCGAGGAAUGAAAGGGAAGGAAAGAAACGCGAAGAGAUCGUCUGGAGCACAUGCAGAAGCUACGGCAACUCCCGAGAAGGAGAUUAGUGUAAGCAGAACGUUGCAGGUCAAUUCGGACAAUUGGAAAGGCCUAAAGAGGAAACGAUCGAGGCCGAAGGAGGACGAGAAUUUCCACGAAAAUUCUCGGAAGGUCAAAUCGGACGCCGACGAUGGAAUUGAUGAUGGCUCACCUGUUUUGUGAAUUAUCAUCAUGACUUCCUUUCAUACCUUGUCUCACCUUACCCCCAGCGUUGCGGUUGGUUGUAUCAUAGCUUCCUUAGAAUUGCAGCAGCAGCAGUGGCUACCGGCCACUCUCUUAAAUACGGUGAUUUUUCACGAGCAGUUUUGGUAUGCUUAGACGAAGCCCUUCAUUUGAUUGGGAAUUCUUCGAAGAAGAGUCCCAAGUGGAUAAUGUAGUUGUAUAGGAAGAGAGCAUGGUCUACUCUGAAAUGGUUUUGUUGCCCAGGCACGCAAUCAUGGCAUACCAAUUUAGAUUAUCCUGGGUCCCAUUUUGACCUGGGUAAAUGUGUAACAGAAAUUCGUCUUACCAGUACUCUGAUUUAAGAGAGCUGAAUGUAAAACUGGACCACGUCGUCCAACCCUAGCUCUUCACUAGAGGAAUGAAAGUAACAAGGAGCCCUUUAUUAGUCAUGUCAA